AUGCCAAUCCAUCACCUCAUGGUCGGCACCUGGACCCCCCCAGGUGCCAUCUUCACAUUUGCCUUCGACGACGAGACCCUCAGGCUAGAACUCGUCAAGAGAACUGAGAUUCCCACCCAAGAGCCCAUCUCAUGGAUGACAUUUGACCAUGCCCGAAAAAAUAUCUACGGUGCUGCCAUGAAAAAGUGGUCCAGCUUCCGCGUCGAGUCACCCACCUCCAUAAUCCACGAGGCAUCGCACCCCAUGCUUCACCACCCCCUCGCCUCGUCCUCCGAUACCAACACUCGAGCCAUCUUCCUCCUGGCCGCCCGCCAACCCCCAUACUCAGUCUACUGCAAUCCGUUCUACGACCACGCAGGCCACGGGUCCGUCUUCACCGUUGACGAGACGGGCAGGCUAGACGUCAACGUCCAGAACUACGAGUACCAGCCUGACACGGGCAUCCACGGCAUGGUCUUUGACCCGUCAGGCACGCACCUAUACUCUGCCGACCUGCGGGCCAACAAGCUAUGGGUCCACCGGAAAAAGGAGGACGAGAACGACGAGUCCACACCCGAGGCGGCGGCGUCGGCGGUGUCGGCGACGUCGGCCGGUCGGCUAGAGCUGGUAGGCUCGGUCGACUGCCCGGACGGGCGCGACCACCCCCGCUGGCUAGCCAUGCACCCGUCCGGGCACUACCUGUACGCCCUGAUGGAGAAGGGGAACGUGCUGCGCGAGUACGUCGUCGACCAGGCCACCCGCAUGCCUGUGUACACCCGCCGCCACUGGCCGCUCGUGCCCCCGGGCAUCCCCGACCGGUGGACCCAGUACCGCGCCGACGUGUGCGAGCUGUCCUCUUCGGGGCGGUACCUCUUCGCAUCGUCCCGCGCUAACUCGCACCAUCUGACCGGCUACCUGUCCGCCUUCAGUCUCGACGCCGCCGACGGCGGCCGCGUGGACCGCCAGAUCUGCCUCAUCCCCACGCCCACCAGUGGCGGACACAGUAACGCAGUCUCGCCCUGCCCUUGGUCUGAUGACUGGGUUGCCGUCACCGACGAUCAGGAGGGCUGGCUCGACAUGUAUAGAUGGCAGGAUGACUUCUUCGCCAGGGUUGCGAGGAUCCGUGUCUCCGAGCCUGGCUUUGGCAUGAAUGCCAUUUGGUAUGAUUGA